AAAUAAGUGUCUGCUAAAAAUCAAAAUUUGCUGUAAAAACCACCGUUUUUCAAAAUGUUUGGAGUGAUUGAGGGUGCUGCGCCUGGGGAGACGGAUGAUCUUGCCACUCUUGCCAAGUUGGACGAAAAGAUUUUACUAAAUGAACUCAAAAUUCGUUAUGAAAGGCAACAGAUUUAUACAAAUGUAGGGGACAUAUUGGUGUCCGUGAAUCCUUUUGCAGACUUAGGAAUCUAUGGGAAGGAGCAAUGCAAGAAAUAUCAAAUGGUGAAAAGAGGCCAGUUGCCUCCUCAUAUCUAUGCAGUUGCAGACUCUGCUUAUCAGGCAUUACUGGGAUAUGGUACUGGCCUAACCUCGCAGAAAAAUCAAUGCAUUUUGAUAAGUGGAGAGAGUGGUGCUGGGAAAACAGAGAGCACCAAAUUGAUCAUCAAACAGCUGAUAGAAUUAUGUAAAGGCAAUACUCAGCUUGAGCAGCAGAUACUUCAGGUGAACCCACUAUUGGAAGCAUUUGGUAAUGCUCAGACCAUCAUGAAUGACAACUCGAGUAGAUUUGGCAAAUAUAUACAGCUGAAGUUCCAACAUGGCUCCAUCAUGGGAGCCAAAAUCUCUGAAUAUCUCCUGGAGAAGUCACGUGUGGUACGCCAGAGCCCUGGAGAAGAAAACUUCCAUAUCUUCUACUACAUGUUCGCUGGACUCAGUCCUGAACAGUUGCAGAAAUAUCAGUUGAAACACAGUGAUACCUAUAGAUAUUUCACUGAUGGAGCAAUCAGCUUGAAGAAACAUUUCAAGAGAUUGAAAGGAGAAUUUGAUGAGCUGGUGAAUGCAGCUGAUAUGGUUGGAUUCAAUGAUGAGGAGCAAGAGGAUAUGUUCACCAUAUUGUCAAGUGUGCUGACGAUGGGGAACAUCGACUUCGAAGCAUCAGAUGAUGACCAUGCUUACAUUAAAGAUGAGAAUGGAGCCAUCAAGACUGUGGCAAGCUUACUGGGUUUGAACCAAGAGAGUCUUGGACACUGCAUGACCCAGAGUGUGACCAAGACAAGAGGGGAGGCGAUCACAAGGUUCUACACAAAGGAUCAUGCAGAAGAUGCUCGAGAUGCCAUUGCCAAGACUCUGUAUGGGCGAUUAUUCAGCUGGAUCGUCAACAAGGUCAACUGCCUCCUGGCACCGCAGGAAUCCCUCCCUCCAAAUGAAGCAAAUGAAAUUGGGAUCCUCGACAUAUUUGGCUUUGAGCAUUUCGAGCACAACAGUUUUGAGCAGGCGUGUAUCAACCUGGCUAAUGAACAGCUACAGUUUUUCUUCAACCAGCACAUAUUCAAAUUGGAGUUGGUCGAAUAUGAAAGAGAGGGAAUUGACUGUACCCAGGUGACGUAUGUGGAUAACCAACCACUACUGGAUCUCUUCUUGGUCAAACCCAUUGGACUAAUAGCACUGCUUGAUGAGGAGAGCUACUUUCCAAAGGCCACAGACCACUCUCUUGUCGAGAAAUUCAAUCAGAAUUUUGCCAAAACAAACUAUUACACCAAAUCGAAAGACUCAACGAGUAACCUGUUCAAGAUCGCCCACUACGCAGGGUUGGUUGAGUACAGCUCUGAUGAAUGGUUAGAGAAGAACCGAGAUACCUUGCCCAGCGGGGUGAUGGAGAUGCUACAGGACAGUCACAAUGAUCUCAUAAGGCUCAUAUUCAGAGGCACGAUUACAAGGACUGGGACCCUUGCUCUGCAGAACAGAACAUCGAGAGGGAGGACCCGCAGCACAAAACGAAAGUUGGGAUCCAAAGCUCCAGCAAAAGAUGCAGGCAAAAGGAAUGUUACUGUUGGUGGUCAGUUCAAGAAUUCGCUUCAAGUUUUGAUGGAAAGGAUGACAGCAGCGGUGCCUCAUUUCAUCCGCUGUAUCAAGCCCAACACCAUGAAGCAGGCCAACUUCUAUGACAAUGGCUAUGUGGAGAGACAGCUCCUGUAUACAGGCAUGUUGGAGACGACCAAGAUAAGAAGAGAAGGGUUUGCUAUAAGACCCACGUUUGCUGAAUUCGUGCAAAAGUAUCAAAUCUUACUCUGCCAGAUGGGUAUCCCUGAAGACAAGGAGAGUUGCAGGAAUAUUCUCGCCAAAUCACAGAUUACUGGAUGGCAAUUAGGGAAAACGAAGGUGUUCUUGAAGUACUACCAUCUCGAUCAGUUGGCUGAGAGAAUGGAGAAAUUGGAGAUCUCGUCUCGUGCAAUCCAAAAACAUGUGCGUGGAUUCCUUGACCGUCGGCAAGUAAAGAGAUUGUGGCUGGAGGCCCACCAACGUGACUUGGAAGCUGCAUCAUUCAUGAGCCAUGUUGCAGCGUUGGGGGCAGCUUGGUGUCAGAAACAGGAGGAGAUGUGUAUCAAGGAUAAAACAAUCCCAGAAACCUUUUUCAAGAAGUGCAGAAAUGAGCCUAUACCCGAGAUAUUAUUGCCAUCAGAAGAACCUAAACCUACUCUUUCAUUCAGUCCGGAAACGGUCACCAACGACGUGGAAGAGGCCAGUUCAGAUGAGGAAGUCGUAGAAGAUGAUUAUCAUUUGGAGCAGCCGGUGGCCAACAAGUAUGGUAAAAAAGGCACGAAGCAUGCUUCCAUCCGCUGGUUCAAGGAGACACAAACGUCAAAUGUCCAAUCGCAGCAUGGUGGAUUCUUUGAGUGGUUCCAUGGCAUCAUUACAAGGAGGCAAUCAGAAGGUCUGCUUAAGGAUGAACCUGUCGGAGCAUUCCUGAUCAGGGUCAGUGAAAGCAGAUUUGGAUACAGCUUGUCUUUCAAAGCUGAUGACAGAAUUCGUCACUAUAUGGUUGAUCAGCUUCCAAAUGGGAAAUACAUCAUUGUAGGGGAACCCAAGGUUCACAGGAGCCUGGCAGACCUUGUCUGCUAUCAUCAAACAGCUCACAUUUCCAACUAUUGUGGCUUGUUGACAACUCCAUGCGGCCAAGAGGAAGGUUCCUGUGAUUAUACAGAAUUGGUGACAGGCAGUUCCAGUGUUUAUCAUGGUGUGCGAAUUCCCCAGAGACCGUUUCCACCUCACAGAAGUUCACCUCAGCAAUUCCCGCCCCCAGAUGACCUGCCUCCCCCUCUUCCUCCAAAGCGCACCUCCAAUGCAUAUGACCAGUUGACCAACAGGCAAAGUGGAAUGCCGGUACAAAUGCAAAAGCAGGCAGCUUACCAGGCAUUGCUUAGAAACCAGGAUCAACAACAAGAGACAGUAUCUAGCAGUAAGAAGAGAAUGGCCAGUAACAGGAGCAGACUGGGACAACGUUAAUUCGCCUGCCGUCCAGAGCAUGAAGGGUGCAAUCUUGAUUACAUUCCAUGACAGCAUUGAAGGGCCAUGGUUCUUCCGGGCUGGGACAAUUGGGACAAAUCCAUCAUUGAUUUAAUCAGUCAUGGGUAGACUGGGUCCACGUUGAACAUUCCAGAAAUCUUAUAACAGCACCAAAAAUAAACAUUUGAGGCAUAUUUUUUGCAAGUCAGGGCAGUCUUAGGGACAACAUUUUCACAUGGAAAGGUUUUCAUUUUUUUGCUCUGACCACCAUCACAUCCCUGUAAAUGUUAGUUUCAGCCAACCUUGGUUUCAAAAGGAGAGUGGUGUCACUGGCAAGGGAAUCCUAGCAUUCUUUUUUUCUUUCUCAUUAUCAAAUUAAGGCAAACAAGGUGCAGAGAGUUUUGACAUCACCAAAACUUCAGACAUCUAUUAUUCUAGAUGUUCCAAAACUUUAUGGAAGAAUGCUUUUUUUCACAAUGUGCAAUAAAAAAUACAGAUGAGAUUGACGUCAAGAGUUAAUGGCACAAAAGUUUGUUGUUGUAUUUUAUGUAUAUAUCUUUCAUUAUUUGUUAUAAGUAUAAACCAUGGAGCGUGGGUGACACACUCAUGAUAAAAAAGUUUGACCUUGUAAGGUGUUCAAUUUUUUUCUCUCCUUUUCUAAAUCUGUGAAGCCGCUUUUGGCACAAGGAUAUAACGAGAGAUAUUUUAUAUGUAGCUUAUUCUACUUUUAAGUGCUACAAAAUCCUCAGGCAGGCAAAGAAACUAAAGCAUUUUCAUAUGAUCGUCAUCAAAAUUGCUGACGUUAUUUGUUCAGUGUGAAAAAAAUCCGAAAUAAAGCUAUAAUUUUUCAAUGUAUUGAAUGUUUAUCUAAAGCAGUUCAACCAAUAUUGACAAGAAAAAAACAAGAAACAAAUUCGUUAUCACACAAAGCCAUUCUCACGUCAUUCAAUCACAAUGAUUGUCAUUGCAUCUCGAUAGCUUAUCCUCGCUCUAAUAGCUCACGUAGAAUGCACAUAAUAUAUUUAUAGUUGCUUUGUGUUUUCGAUAUGCUACUAUAGCAAGGAGUAAAAGGAACCUGUUAGCAAGGUUUCUGAUGUUGUGAUUCUAAAAAUAAUCCGACUGAUUUAUUGAUCUUUCCAAUGCCAAGGGCAUCCUCAUCAGAUCUAAGCUAAAAUAAUCAUUCGAUCCUUUGCGUAACAAAGUAAAUAAUAACAGAGACGCAAAGAUGUAUCCUUUCUCCUUUAAGGCUAACGAACACUUCACUUUGAUUUAGCAUGUCUAAAAGAACAUGACGUCAUAAAAAGCUAGCUGUUGCCUGAAGGGUCUCUUUGAGCUGUCUGCAGAAUCAAAGAUAACGUUAGUUUCAGGAUCACAUUGGUCUAUACAGUCUUGUUGUGUGUUAAUGACAUAUAUCACCGAGUCCAAUUGAAAAUCUGUAUCCAAAAUUUUCAUAAAGUCCAGUACGCAUAUAUAGAAAUAGAAAGUGCAGACCUCGACACGUUGAGGGGUUGUUAAGGACUCGGGUACAAAUUCAAGUGUGGCAAAUUUCUUGGCAGGGAGGCUGAUGCCCAUUAAGUUGUUAUUGCAGUAGCAAAAGACAAUCGACAGUUCUAAUUUUUCAUGGGCAUUUGGUCUUCUUAAUAGAUGAUUGAUACUUACAUUUUUAUAAAAUACAUUGUUGCAGCAAUCAAAACUGGGAGACAAAACAACUGCAUUCUCCGUCCAAUUUUAAAGGUCUGUUGAAACCAGUUUAAUCGAUACAUUUCAGCUCAAUAUACUGUGUAUGUAACAUUCAACUAAUGUUUGUCUUUCGUGAUGAACAUGUCUUUCAUAAAAAACCGUCGUCAUCAUCCUGCUGUUAUCCAAUAUACUUUUCAUAGGCAAUA